AUGUCUGGGGAACCUCGUGUGGACAAAACUGGCACUCAAGCCGGGGAGACCCCGAGGUCUCCCGAAUCAUCUACUUCCAGUAGAAUGGCCGCUUACUCUAGAGGACUAAAAACAGACGUCUUCUAUCAUCUCGGCUUGGACACAGACAUGGAUCUACAUGCUACCUUCGGUAAUGUUAAAUUCUUUGUACUCAUGGGGUCAGCCCAGAGAGCCGAGUACUUCGCCGAAGCUAUGGGAAAUGCAUUAGUCUCUAAAGGAAUGCCCAAACCCGUAGUUGAACGUCUAGGUAAGACAGAGCGCUACAGCAUGUAUAAGGUUGGACCUGUUGUCUCCGUCUCCCACGGGAUGGGUGGUCCUUCAAUCCACAUCCUCCUCAAUGAACUUGCUAAGCUUUGUGACCGCGCUGGUAUCGUAGACUCCGUGAAGUGGAUCCGUAUGGGUACUUCUGGUGGAUGCGGAGUACCUCCUGGCACU